AUGGGCUCAGAGUAUGAAGAAGAAGAUUUUCUUACAGAAGCAGAAAGAAAAGCUAAACGAAAAUUUCUAACUUGCCCUAAAAGCGUUUUUGUCUAUAAAUAAAUAAAUUAUAAGAUUAUUUUUGGUGAAAUUUAAGUAAUUUAAAAAGAAAUGAUUUAAUUAUAUUUCUAUACAAAAUAUUACGGAGGGGGAUAAGAGAAGAAAUACUUGAUAUGCAUUACGAUCAAGAAUUAUUCACAUGGUUUUUCGAGUCUAAAGAAAAAGGAGAUAUCGAUGAUUGAACUUUUGAUGAUCUUCAGCUUUGUGUAAGACAAUUUAAGCUACUAUAUAGGCCAGGACAGAGCUUAGAAGAUAUAGAAAAUCAAGCCAAAAAAGAAGAAGAAAGCAAAAAUAAAUCUCGCCAAAUUGUCCCAUCACCCAAAAAUCAGUCUGCAAAGGACUCUGAAGAAAAGAAAUCAGAAAUUGACUACUCUAUACAGCCUCAUACCCCAAAGACUAACUUCAGCGAUUCCUCAAACCCACAGGUCGAAAAAUUGCCCACAGCCAUGAAUGAAAACUCAAAAAAUUCUGAAGAAAUAAAUCAGCCUGAAAAUGACCCAGAAUUUGAUGCAGAUAUUCUUGUCUGCCAAGACGAAGACCCUCGGCAUUCAGAAGAAAAAUUUUAUGAAAUCUCGUGCAGGCAGCUCCCUGAAACUGAAUUAUCACAAUAUGACAAUUUAGAAAUCGAUAUUUCCUUCCCUGAAUUAGUCCAAGGAGGGUUAUUUUCACCACAAUACCUUGUCUACACAAUAAAGACUUCUCCUUUUCAAUGGUCUGUGAAGCGUAGAUAUACCGAUUUUAUUUGGCUCAGAGAAGUGAUGCUGCUAGAAAUCCCAGGGAAUUUUAUCCCUCCUGUGCAACAAAAAAAGAUCAAAGAAAAUAUUGACGAAGAAAAAACAAUAAAGCGGCAAAUGAUCCUCAAAAGAUUUAUAAAAACUUUAAUCCGAAACCCAUUAACCAGAAAAUCAGCCCAUUUAUUAGAAUUUUUAAAAGAUGAAAACGCGAAAGGAUUUCAAAAUUAUCGAAAACAGGCAAGCAAGGCAAAAAAAAUUGAAAAUAUAAAUCAAUUUGUGUCUUUAGAUGGGAAGCUUAAAUGCAGCACUUCUCAAAGGAAAAUGGAAAUACAAAAAUUAAAUGAAUAUAUAAUGUCAUCUGAAGCACUCAAAAAAAGAAUAAAAAAACAAGGGAUGUCUGUAAUGGAAGACCUUAACAGACUUUCAGAGAGCUUAAACGGCUAUGCAGAGCUACUGAAGCAGUUUGCCUCAAUACAAGAAAUUUUACCUUAUAAUUUGGGAAAUAAAGAUUUGUAUUUGCACCUGCACCAGGCUAUUUCAAAUUGGUCAAAACAUGAGCAGGAAAAAAUUUCUGAUAUAAAUGAAUAUUUUAUGAUGCAUUUUAAGUUUAUGUAUAAAGAGCUGGAUGCGUUAAAAAGCUUUUGAAGGAAACUUAUAUAUUAUAUAUUUGGUUUCUUAUCAGAACGAUCGAGCUCACCUUAGACGUAGUCAGGUGACGUCUCAGCUACUCACGGAUUUGCUGUACGGUCCCCUUUCUCCAGGUUCCCAGGGUCCUCCUCUCCGGUUGCUGCCGAUAGCACAUCGCGGCUUGUGUUUUAGAGGGCAUAGGUUUUGGACAUAUUUACCACUUGCCCAUCUUAGCCUUCACUGAUUCUGCUCCAACAGUUUGUCUUGACCCUUAGCAGGACACUCACGGCCAGGCAUCACUGCAGGAAGAAGUCUUUAGCCGAGAAAACCCACCUACAGAAGGUGAGCUUUUGAAGGAAACAGAGCAGAAUGAAAUGAAUUUUAUGAAAAACGCAAAUAGAAAAGCCAAGGAUAUUGAAAAUAUCAGGGCGCUUUAUGGGAAUUCUAUCACUCAGUGUUUAAGUGAAGGAGAGCGUGUCAUUUUGGACAGCGCCUGGCUAAGCAAUAUACAUUUCUGGGAAAUGGCAAGGCAUCAAGCUGAUAAUACAAUCCAAUAUCAUCUAAUUUGGGGAUUCCUUAUGGCGAAAUUACUUGAAACUAGGCAUGAAAAAAUCCCUGAGAGGCCAAAUAUUCCACAAGGUAAGAAAAAUACUUAA